AGGUGAAGGCACACAGUGCGGCCGCCGUACGUCACGAGAUCCUGAUGUGAUGAGAACGCGAAAAGUUGCGGAAAUUUUACCACUCGAACAAUCCGCGGCGCUAGGGCAGUCCUCGUGCGAUCCGUUAUCCUGUCGUAGUCAAGCCACCGCCGGUGUCGGACGUGAGUGUGCGCUAGCCGCGCUACGGACAGAGCGUCGGAAAGGAUACCUUCCAGUGCGUAACUUGGAAGCCCGAUGUCACCGUAUAAUUGAACUUUAAAGCGAAAGUGAAACCGCGCCAAAAGUAUCUCACGGUUCGGAUGAUUGUGCUUUUUUGGUCUUUCGUCUCAUAACAUCAAAACCGCGAGACCGCUCGGGACGGCUGGAGCGCGGCAAGGAAAAGCAAAGUUUUAUCGAUUCCGAACAUUAAAUACAAACACGCUUAUUACUGUUUCCCACUGGAAAGGACUUCCCACGGGUUAGCAGUUCGAAGUUCGAAAGCUUCUUCCGAUAUCCGGUCACGGACGGUGGCUGGUUUAAUCGGUUUUAAAGAAGCCCGAGAUAAAAAGUGCACCGAGAGGGCGUCUUAAUGAAACCGUGUCGUGCUUCCCCCGCGCAGUCAUCAAACCGUGGGCCAAUAGUCUGAGAAUGAGUCUAACCCAAGCGUGUGGAGGAUUAUGAAUACAGUGCUCUUUUAUAGUGUCUUCUAUCUGUCAUCGGCGCUAUGGAUUUACGUGGUUACCGGAGCAUUAACUUAUCGACUUCCAGCAGACGUUAAACUGUACGAUAAAAAUGUCAAGCCAAGUUCAAUUACCGACAUAUCAGUGUCACUCUACAUCAAUCGCAUAUCUGGAGUGGAUGAAAAUAAAGAGGAAAUUUCGAUCGACGCAUUCCUGCAGGUCAUCUGGGAGGAUACACGGCUGGUACCGGUGGAGGAGCCGGAAAUGACGAAACUUUACGUGGAGCUGACACCGACCGAACGCAACAUGGUGUGGGUUCCCGAUCUCUACAUCCGGCAGCUGCGCGAGAUGAAGGUGAUGACCCUGCUCGAGGAGAUGAGCAGCCUGCGGUUGUACAAAAAUAGUACCUUAGCGCUGAGCAUAGGAGCAACAAUAAUCUUUAAGUGCGAUAUGGAUUUCGUGUUAUACCCAUUAGACGUUCAACGAUGUCCGGUAGAUUUUAGCAGUUAUAAGUAUACGGUUAAAGAAAUGCGCUUCCGUUGGAAAAACGACAAUGGCCUCACAUUUCCGAACGACUUCGGGGACCAGUUCUUCCGAUUGCCAAAAUAUGUCGUCUCGUUCUACACCGAGCAGGAACCGCAAACGAUUCAUUAUGGCGAUGCGCAUCCCUUUCCAGACAACCACAGCUCAGCCCGGCUCGAGAUCACCCUAUCGCGUGAGGUCAAAAGUUACCUGCUGGAGAACUAUCUGCCCUCGACACUGUUCGUUUCGAUGUCCUGGGGUUCGUUUGUGGUCGUUCCGGAGAUCGUACCCGGACGGAUGGUGCUGCUGGUAACCACGCUACUCUCACUAAUCACCAUGUUCGAUACGGUUCGCAACAAUUCGCCGGAUGCACUAGAGCUAAAGUGCCUGGAGGUGUGGCUCAUAUCAUGCACGCUCUUUGUGUUUUUCGCGCUGAUAGAGUAUUUCAUAGUGCUGUUUGGAAUCCGUUACGACAAGCACUGGCGAGUGGCGGCCAAGGCCCAUGUGCAAGUCGCACCCCCUGUACAGCUCCAAUCGACGCUCAGUCUGUCGCAGAAUACCGUUGAGACGCCGAUGAACUCAACACACGCCCGGCGAGAGAAUGGCCUUGAAAGUAACACCCUGAAGGUGACGGGCACGAACAAGGUGCAACCACAGGAAUCGGACCCGAACAAGCCCGGAUCAAUCGGUAAUCUCUCGGGCAGUUUUCAAAACACACAACAUGUGACUUCCGUUAUGACUAGAAGGCGCACUUACAGCUUCCGCAACGUGGCCGACGUCGCACUGUUGUAUGCCGGCUCGCAACGGGGCCGGUUGGACCAAAUCUCACUGAUCAUCUUCCCGCUAAGUUUUCUCAUCUUCACAAUCACCUACUGGACAAUGUACAUUAGCGAAUCGAAUAGAAAAAAGCUUUAGGGAUAUCCCCGGUUUACUGUUAACCCUUGAUAAUAAUAGAAUUUAAAUAGAUAAAAUUUAGCCGAUAGUAUGGAAAGCAGUUAAACAGCAGCUAAAAAUCAAAAUUUUCUCACACAAAUCAUAUCAUCACUAUUGAUAAAGUAUUAUACAAACGGAUUGCCUUUAAAAUAUUUUUCUCUAGUCAAAUUAAAGGUAUGAAAGUCACCAAAAAUUGCCUUUGCAAUUGUACAGCAUUGUUACCAGCAUAGAUUAAUUCAAGUUGAAAUAAUAUUUCGCAUCAUUGAACUUUGAUCACAUCGA